UUUCUGCAGAUCGAGUCGGUGAACAGGAAGACGGUAGCGGGCUAUAGAUCAAUUACGGUCACCAGAGGAGUACCUGUUGGCACGCCCGGAGACAUCUGCGGAUCUCCAACAGAGAUCAGCCUUCGGGUAGGAGCGAUCGUUCCUACCGAUCCGGUAGUUGGCACAACGGCCCCCAGCCGCGCCCGUACUGCGAGUCGCACGAGUUUUAGACGUUCGAGCCCGUGGAAGAGUCAGUGCGCUACUCCUCUUGUGCCCAAGGAUCGGGCCGAUGGCGGAGAUCUUCGUUCGAACGGCGGAUCGAAACAGCAACCCUCCGCGUCCCAACCAGGAGGGGAAGGAAGAAGCGUGACGACCAAGUCCAUCACCGCGUCGAAGGCUGUCGCCAAUGGUGGCCAGCCACAAGGCAGGCAAGCCUACGGCGGGCUGAACAAAAACAGCAAAGUAAUCAGCAUGCAUCCUAAUGCGAAGGUGUCUGUCCCAAACGCGAGCUCGAACAUACAGGCUUCGACUUCAUCCGAGUGCCAACCGAAGUCUUCAUCCGCCACGACGGGGUCGUCCGCAGCCAACGGGCAAUUGCCUGCUUCUGCGAAUGCCGUCUCAACUGUCAAGACGACCCAACAUUUCAACUUGUCCAACUUCAUCACCGCUGCAGCCUUGGAACACAAAAACGAGACGAGGGAAGGCUUUGUUCUAACUUUGAAGAUUGUGGAUAAGGAUGGGAAUAAGAUGCUCGUCGGCUCGUUUGACCCCGUCGCGAUUGAACGCGUAAUGGCCGAGGCUGUUGUGGGAAAGGUGAGAGUCUGUCCAGUGAAGGAAGAAUUUUUCCAGCCGGACAUCUUGCCUUUGCAAAUGAUGUUGAAGUACAAUUCCACUUUCUCCUUCCCAAAUUCUGACUUCGAGAUACCAGCAAUGCCCAUGCAAUUGACAGGCAUUCACCUGCUCCGUGGCCUGGAGUUCAAGUCCCGCGUGAACGUUCUGGGUGUGGUUCUGCAUGUAGGGCAGGUGGCUUCCUUUUCCAAGAAAAAGCGUGUCGCUGGUGAAGAAGCCGAAGGUGAUGAAGGAGAUGAUACGGCGGAACGCCGCCGCCUAGAAGUGCAGCUAGUGGACAGAUCGCUCUUCGUUGUCCGUUUGACUCUGUGGGAUCAAAAAGCAGACGACUUCAAGGCCAAGCGCGGGGACGUUUUGUUGCUGAAAAAAGUUGUUGUGGUGAAUCAUGGUGGUGUAAGCUUGAACGCUUACAAGUUCACCAAACUGGAUUUCGAACCCAAUAUUAGUGGGGUGACCGAGUUGAAGGACUGGUAAGUACAGCGCAUUGCCGGAAGAUCCUGGGUUGAAACACGUGUCUUCUGGUUACAGUGCUUCUGCUGGCCUACGGGACGGCAUUGUUCCGCGAUCAUCACCGUUAUGUAUCAAGGACGUGCUGGAGUCCAACCUCGGUCAUGGUGCGAGAGUUGAUACGUUCCACUUGGAAGAAGCGAUUACCGGUUUUGACUGUCAAACUCUCUACGAAAGAUGCCGGCACCCAGACUGCAACAGGAGCCUGGAAAAUCGUGAGCAUGCUUGUGACAUCGCCAGUCAUGCAGUUCAGUCGGAGGACGACGGUGAAAAGCGUUGGUGCUGGUGAUGACGGUAGGGACGAAGGCCAAGGAAAUGCUCAAAAUUAUGGCCUUCUCGCCUGUGGCGAACGAAAUUCUGAAUGAAGCUCCGGAGGAAUUGGUGAAAAUGAGAGACAAUAACGAAGGCGGGUAUGAGGCACUAUUAUCCUCCCAGCUUGGGACAAUCUACAAAUUCACUGUUCAAGCUCGCACUCGGCGCUGGAAGAAUUUUGACACCGGGAAGUUUUAUACGGAACUGCAGUACCACGUCGUCGCCGCUCACCUGAAAGAGGAAGACGAAGAAGAACAGCCCGUGGAAGAGGUGGAGGAUGAGGGGGACGGGGACGGGGAGGAGGAGAAUGUGGGGGCGAAAUGGUCCUAUGAGUUCUGAGAAGAUUGUCUGCCCAUUAGUCUGCUACGAUAGAUUACGCUUAUGAUUGUACAACUAUGC